GCAUGCGCUCAUCGUGUCCUUUCAAAAACGGCUCGCUCUUUCUCAGUCCUUCACCAUUUCCAGCAACCCACCAAAACGCCUCCUUUAACCCUUUCUCUCCCUCAAUCUCAAAUAUAAUUUCUUUUAAUCUUUUGAAAGGAAAACGGAAGAAAACAUAAAGAGAUGGGGAGGAAGAGAAGUUCACCAGUGACCCAGCUGUUCUUAUGGAUAAGAGGGCAGUCGACGAAGGUGAAGAUCUUCCUUGCAGCAGUGCCUUUGCUAUUUUCUUUGGUGGCAUUGAAGCUUCUGGUGAAAGAUCACAAUCACUUUUUUAUUGCCUCUGAACUCAUCCAUGUCGCUGGGAUUUCUGUCUUGGCUUAUAAGCUUACUACCAAGAAAACAUGUUCCGGCCUUUCACUGAAGUCUCAAGAACUCACAGCAAUAUUCUUAGCUGUAAGACUUGUCUGCAGUUUCAUGUUGGAAGGUGACAUUCAUACAUUGCUAGAUUUUGCCACCCUCAUUUUUACUGCAUGGGUUGUAUUUAUGAUUCGAUACAAGUUGAAGUCAACUUAUAUCAAGGAGCUAGAUAACUUUCCAAUCUACUAUAUGGUGGUGCCUUCUGCUAUCCUUGCUGUGUUAAUCCAUCCAUAUAACACACAUAUAUACAUAAGUCAAGUUCUCUGGGCCUUUUGUGUUUAUUUGGAGGCAGUUUCAGUGCUGCCACAGCUUCGUAUGAUGCAGAAUGCAAAGAUGAUUGAACCAUUCACAGCCCACUAUGUAUUUGCACUGGGUGUGGCAAGAUUCCUGGCGUGCGCUCAUUGGAUCAUCAAGGUUUAUGAGACUGGGGGCAGAUAUCUUUUCUUGGUCGGAGCUGGGCACUUUUGGUUCUCCGUGGCUGUGUUUGCAGAAAUUGUUCAAACCUUCAUCUUGGCAGACUUUUGUUACUAUUACAUUAAGAGUUUCAUGGAGGGCCGACUGAUAAUGAGGAUGCCAGUUUAGAAAUUUUAAAUUUAAACGGAGAGUUGAGCGAAAGGGGAUGGUAAGAGAGAAGAGAAAACGGCGCAAAGGGCGGCAAGGCGAAGGACCGGUGGCCGGAGCAGCAAAGAGAGGGUGGAGGAAGGAGGAGAGAAAGAAACGAUUUCGGCCGGAGCAAAAAGAUUCUGGCGACAAUAAGAGUUCAAAGUUCAAACCCGCCAUUCAAGCGAUCCAAGCUCACAGUUUCUAAAAAUAUACAGAGAAAUUUGAGAGAGAUUGGCUUAAAAAUAAUAAUGAAGUGUACAGUACCCAAUAGCUUUUUGUGCGAUGGUUACCUUUUAAGUGUACAGAUAAUUUAUGCUCUACUCAGAAUUUUAUGCCAUAGGAAGUUUUUGGCAGAUCAACUUGAGAUUUACAAUGG